AUGAGCCUAUUGCAAAUCAUAAUGUUGAUAGGAUAAUCAGCAAAUUGGGAAGAGUGAGGCCAAAAUCGCGCAAUAUUUUAUUCACACAUUAUUAGCCGCUGAAAUAAAAGCUGCCAACUAGGACAUAGUUGUCUCUUUAUAUCGUCUUUGCUCAGAGAAAAGUCAAGGGCUAGGACAUGCUCUAGUAGGUCUAUACGGUGCGUAAGCCCAGUAGAUUUAGGCCACGACACAUGGGCACACAUGGUUGGGCAUAUUAUGGGAUUUAGUUUGACAGAUUAAUAACCUUUGAGCCCAAAAAUCAAAAUUUAGAUUUUUUUUAAUUUAUGCAAUUUUGCUCUUGUAAAUGUUGUUGCUUUGAAACGAGAACGAUUGGGUGAAAUAACAGACCUGAUAGUCUUGAGAGAUUCGGAGAGUUAGUCCAGGAAAGCAUAGGAGAUGUAGGGUGAUUAAUCAUAAUUUUGUAAGAAUUUGUCUCUUGGUUCCUCAAUUUGUGUUGCAUGGGUUUUUAUUAUUACUAAGUUUCUGCUAA